ACAUUAUCAUAACCUUUAUUUUGUUGAUCUCACGCAUACUUUACAGUCUUCGUUGAAAGAAUAUAUUAUAUAUAUCGUGAAUUACAUUGUUUAUUAUUUUUUUGUUCGUAAUUGUGAAUAUUUAAAAAAGCCAUGGAUGACGAAGCGGAAACUUAUAAACUGUGGAGGAUCCGUAAGACAGUUAUGCAGCUCUGUCACGACAGAGGUUAUUUAGUAACCCAAGAUGAAUUGGAUCAAACUUUAGACCAGUUCAAAAAUCAAUUCGGAGACAAACCCAGUGAAAAACGACCCUCAAGGUCCGACCUUAUCGUACUAGUCGCCCACAACGACGAUCCCACGGAUCAGAUGUUCGUAUUCUUCCCCGACGAACCGAAAAUCGGUAUAAAAACAAUUAAAACCUACUGUCAGAGAAUGCAGGAUGAAAACAUUCAUCGAGCCAUCAUUGUUGUACAAGCUGGUAUGACUCCUUCAGCCAAACAAUCUCUGGUGGACAUGGCACCUAAAUAUAUUCUUGAACAAUUUCUUGAAUCUGAACUGUUGAUUAAUAUUACUGAACACGAAUUGGUACCUGAACAUGUUGUGAUGACACCCGAGGAGAAAUCUGAACUGCUAGCAAGAUACAAACUGAAAGAAAAUAUGUUGAUGAGAAUACAAGCUGGGGAUCCUGUCGCUAGAUAUUUUGGAUUGAAAAGAGGCCAAGUGGUGAAGAUUAUCAGGCCAUCUGAAACUGCUGGUCGAUAUAUUUCUUACAGGUUGGUGUGUUAAUAUUCUGUGUUAUAAGUAAUUUAUAUUAUGUUCAUUCAAUAAAAUUUUUACAUAAUUAG